UUAGAGCUGCAAAGGAGGACCAACUCUGUAUUGAUGCUUAUGGAUUUAGAAUGGGACUCAUAAAAGCUCCUGUAGGUGUCCCAAUACUUUUGUCCAAAUAGUGUGUCAUCAGAAGUGACAACACGUCCUGAUUGUUUAGAGUGACCGGGAUGUUUUUGCUGCGUUACGUCAGCCUUGAUUGCCUCUGGGAACAAAGAUCAUGCUUCAGCUGGGAAAAGAACAGCAGAAGAGAGAAGUUGACUGUGUGAUCUGGAGUGGCCUCGACCAAAGAACCCAUUUACUAACGCAAACAGUGCAUGAUUUGCAUGAGCGCUCUCAGAAACUGCUGCUGAAAGGAGAUGAUGACCAUCUGAAUCACGGGACUUUCCAAAUAUAUCACAGUAUCGCUACAUCAGUUAUAGUUUUAAUGCAGUCACUGAAGCUGAGAUUCUGACUGCUGCUCCUCUGAGCACGAGUGUCUCAUCAGGAGUGAGACUGUUGUGCUCGUCCAUCCUGAUUUAGGGAGACCUGAGUAUUCAGACCAGUUCAGAUAAGAGUCAGUCGAUGUAAAAUCACCUCUACUUUGCCCAGCGGUGAAGUCUUUUUAACUAUUGAUGUUGGAUGCUUUACGUUCCCGGUCUACGAUUUAAGCUCCUCCCUCUGGUUCUCUGUCCGCGUGUCGGCGGGCCGGCGGUGCACAGUGAUGCCCGGCGGGGUUGAAUACGGAGAGCUGGGGGAAAGCCUUCCUGCCAUUUCCUCCCUGAACGCCUCCUACUCUCAGACCUCGCUGUCCAUGCCCUCGCCCCACUACCUCCCGCUGCCUCCCUCAGGGCGCAGGGCCAUCUCCGACGUCCGCCGCACCUUCUGCCUCUUCGUCACCUUCGACCUCCUCUUCAUCUCGCUCCUCUGGAUCAUUGAGCUAAAUAUAAAUAAGAGUAUCUGGCUGAAUCUGGAGAAGGAGGUCGUUCGGUACGAUUUCAGCUCCUCUUUCUUUGAUAUCUUUCUUUUAGCUGUCUUUAGGUUUUUGUGUUUGCAGAUUGCUUACGCUGCCUUCAGGCUGAGGCACUGGUGGGUUAUUGCGAUCACUACUCUGGUGACCAGUGCCUUCCUUAUUGUCAAAGUCAUCAAAUCAGAUUUGCUCAGUGAAAAUGUCUUUGGCUAUGUUCUUCCCAUCACCUCCUUCGUGGUGGCCUGGCUGGAGACAUGGUUCCUCGACUUCAAAGUUCUCACGCAGGAGGCGGAGGAUGAGCGAGCGUACCUGGCGGCGGUGAGUGCAGCGUGCGGGAGCGCUCGUAUGAUCUACCCUAGAGCCGUCUCCGACGGCCAGUUCUACUCUCCUCCGGAGUCACUCGCAGGUUCUGAGGAAGAUCUCGAUGAGGAAGGUCUCGGCAGGAGAGCAGUAACUGCACAGGAGAAGGAGUUUGUGCGGCAGGGCCGCGAGGCGAUGGCUGUGGUGGAGCAGAUCCUGUCUCAGGAGGAAAACUGGAAGUUUGAGAAGAAUAAUGACAUCGGGGACUUUGUGUACACGCUGGAGAUCCCCUUUCAUGGAAAGACGUUCAUCCUGAAGGCGUUACUGCAGUGUGCUGCUGAGCUGGUGUAUCAGGAGGUCAUUCUACAGCCGGAGAAGAUGGUGCAGUGGAACAGAACAGUGUCAGCAUGCCAGAUUUUACAGAGAGUGGAUGAUAAUACACUGGUAUCGUAUGAUGUGUCUGCAGGAGCAGCAGGAGGGGUCGUUUCUCCCAGGGAUUUUGUAAAUGUUCGUAGAGUGGAGCGGAAGAAAGAUCGUUACAUCUCAGCUGGCAUGUCCACUAAUCACAGUGCCAAACCUCCACACUGUCGUUAUGUUAGGGGUGAGAAUGGUCCAGGUGGGUUUGUGGUACUGAAGUCCAGCAGUAAUCCUUCAGUCUGCACUUUCAUCUGGGUGCUCAACACUGACCUCAAGGGUCGUCUCCCGCGCUACCUUAUCCAUCAGUCUCUGGCAGCUACCAUGUUUGAGUUUAUGGCCCACCUUCGUCAGCGCAUCUUGGAGGUCCGCGCGUCGCUACGGUAACGGAGGAACAUCUCACCUGUGUGCUCUUCAUCCCAGAGCCAGAGUUCAGCCGCACACCGCUGUGCUUUGGCCUUUCCAUUUUCUACAAUACUGCAGUAUUUCUAUGGUUGCCAUGUGGAGAUUCACUGCCCCUCCUGGCUGGAAGGAGGUGCUGCACACUGAUGUUAUUCAUGGUGAAAGAAAUGGUUAAAGAGACGGUAAAGCUGCCGGAGCAGGACUUCUGAAGGAUUCUCUGUUAAAACCCUGUGAAUGCUGCUGCACGUGGACGUCACAUGAGCCUUUCUGCCUUUUUUCUUUCUUUUAGGGUUAAUUUUCCCCCAUACAUUUUCUUCUGUUGCUCGCAGUCAGUUCCCAUUUUACUAGUGCCUCCAUAAAAUAUUGGGACAGAAUUUUUUUUCUGUGUGUUCAGGCUGUUUAGAAAGGAAGGAGGGAUAGGAAUUGAAGGUAUAGUAAAGUAUAGAUAGUCUCCUUGUAUUGACGCGGUGUUUCUGGGCACGUUUAUUUCACACUUUUGGAAAACUGCCACAGUUUUGUGAAAAUAUGUAUUGGGGCAAAUUAAUGUAUUAGUUAAUCAGGUGGUCUCGUCAACAGCCAGUUACAUUCAAGGUUUAUCAGCUAUAAUGUAGGUUUUUUUUUCUUUUGUUGGAGGCCUCUCGUUUCUUUACACCUCCAGUUUUUUAUUUUAAUCGUAAGUGGCUGCAUUUACUUUACAUCACAGACUGAAUUGCAUUGCUUGGCACUACCUCCACCAUGUUUCACAGAUUAUCUGUUUUGUUCUGCCUUUGCUAUUAACGUCUGCCGUUAUCUGUACACGUUAUUGAAGGAACGCUCCUCCUGAUGAUGUGUCUUGAAGGUAGGAGGAAUUUUGGAAUGUUUGAAGGCAGACUGUAUGAAAUGUACGUUUUCAAGCUUCCUAGCAGUAAUGUUAGUCAUCUGGCAUCACUUGACAUUCACCAGGUAAAAGUACACCCUUAAAAAUGUUUUUUAAGUAAAAGCAGUCGUUUUAUAUAUGUAUGUAUGUAUGGAAAACCUGUUGUUUAUGCUUCUUAAAGAACCUGUCUAGACUGAAAAGGUUUCCAUUGGGGUUACAUGUCACAGAACCCUUUAUACUACAAAAAAUCUUUUAUGCUAAAGGCCCCAAAAAAUCUACCACAAAGCAGCUGUCGUUUUUUUUCUGAAGCUCCUCCCACCUUCAAGAUGCAUCAUCAGAAGGAAGUGUUUCCUAGUUUUGGUUGGAAUGUCUCUUUAAAUCCGAACGCUCAACUCUACCUAAUUGUGCAUUCUCCAUGAUUCUCUUAUGGAAGUCAGUUAUUCCGGCACUGUGGAUGUUUAUUUCUCAUGUAAAUCACAGUUUCUGGGUUUUUUUCUGCCCCCCAGUUUGUUAUUAUUCUGUUUUCAGCUACAGUUGGAUUUCACAACCACUGAUUAGUGCGAUUAUUAGUCAUGUUACCUUUUCCAGGCAUAUUCCGAAUCAGUUUCUCUUUCAUUUUGUUAUUGUCACUGUAGUUUAUGUGUAUUAACUCAAAAGACAAGCUUGAUGAUGCAGGCUAGUUGUAAAAGACACUGACACAUAUUUUAGUAAAACUAAAGAAUUCCUUAAAGUGAGGAUUCCUGACUUGGAUCUUUUUUUUUUCCUUUCUUUUUUAAUAAAUACUUUUCCGAUGUGGAUGUCAAAGCUGGUCUUAGAUCAGAGCUUGAUGUAACAUGUAAGUCACUGAGGAUUGUGCAUAAAGGAUGUGCAGCCGAUUGUAACUCUCAAUACCUUUUAAAAAAACAAUACAAUAAAUAACACACAGCCAGAAACACCCA